AUAUUUGUGAGUGAGAGAGUGAGUAAAGCUUAGUGUGUGUGAUUUCUUUCUGCCAUAUAUAGGGGCAAACUUGCUUUGAGACCAGGUUGUGUGUCACAUAGUCUGUGAUCUAUCUGUAAACCACACUUUCUUUCUAUCUUUCUUCAAUACCCUCGGGACUAUAAGGAUUUCUGCAUACUUGCCCUGCUUUAACCACAGUUGGAGGAAAAUUAUUAAGCAUUUGAUAGAUUACUUUGUCCUGUUGAUUUUGAAGAUCUGUUCAGUUGCUGGCAAACAUGGAAGGACUGAAUGACGUUCAUGAUGACGGAUCCUUCAUGUUCACCUCAGAGUCUGUGGGAGAAGGGCAUCCAGAUAAAAUCUGUGACCAAAUCAGUGAUGCAGUUCUUGACGCACACUUGAAGCAGGACCCGGAUGCUAAAGUGGCCUGUGAAACUGUUUGUAAGACUGGCAUGGUACUUCUCUGCGGUGAGAUCACAUCUCGGAGCAACGUUGACUACCAGAAGAUUGUGCGUGACACCAUUAAACACAUUGGUUACGACAACUCUGAAAAAGGCUUUGACUAUAAAACCUGCAAUGUGCUGGUGGCUCUCGAGCAGCAGUCUCCUGAUAUAGCGCAGGGUGUCCACGUUGACAGACAUGAAGAAGACAUUGGAGCUGGAGACCAGGGGCUCAUGUUUGGCUAUGCCACUGAUGAGACGGAGGAGUGCAUGCCACUCACAAUUGUCCUUGCACACAAACUCAAUUCUAAAAUGGCCGAGCUGCGGCGGGAUGGCACCAUCCCAUGGCUCCGCCCAGACUCAAAAACUCAGGUCACGGUGCACUACAAACAGGAGAAUGGCGCUGUGAUUCCUUUGCGUGUCCAUACAGUGGUCAUCUCCGUCCAACAUGACGACUACAUUUCACUGGAGGAGCAACAGCGUAUUCUGAAGGAGAAGGUCAUCAAAGCUGUGGUGCCAGCAAAAUAUCUCGACGAUAAGACUGUGUACCAUCUGCAGCCAAGUGGACGCUUUGUCAUCGGAGGGCCUCAGGGAGAUGCUGGUGUCACAGGUAGGAAGAUUAUUGUGGACACAUAUGGUGGAUGGGGGGCUCAUGGUGGUGGGGCCUUCUCUGGAAAGGACUACACCAAGGUGGACCGCUCUGCUGCCUAUGCUGCACGCUGGGUGGCUAAGUCUCUGGUGAAGGCCAAACUGUGCAGAAGAGUGUUGGUUCAGGUGUCUUAUGCCAUUGGAGUUGCGCACCCUCUCUCAAUCUCCCUCUUCACCUAUGGCUCAUCGGAAAAAACAGAGAAGGAGUUGCUACAGAUUGUCAACAAGAACUUUGACCUCCGACCAGGCGUCAUUGUUAGGGACCUGAACCUGAAGAGGCCGAUCUACCAGAGCACCGCCUGCUACGGUCAUUUUGGCCGAUCAGAGUUCCCCUGGGAGAUGGCCAAGAGUCUCAAGGUAUAGAAAGAGAGGCGUGCGAGUCCUGCCUGCAGUCAUUCAGUCGCUCUUUCCUCCAGCUCUCCUCUCUCAGCAGAUUUUGGAUCUCUUCCCGCAUAUGCUACAUUUCAGAUUAGAUGAAUAUCCUGUAAAUGUCAAGAUUGAUAAAUUAAUAGCUGUCUGUCGACUCCCUCACAUCACAACUGUUUCAUCACGUCGACACUCAUGACAAUCAAUCAUUCCUUAAAGCCGAAGUGCGUCAUAUCCCCAGCUUGCCAUAGAGAAUAGUAAUCAACUUUAAGUAAUCAGAUUAAUUACUUUAAAAAGUGUAAGUACUGUGAUUCUGUGGUGCUAUCAAGGUAUUACUCUGUCAGCAGCAACACUGGUGGGAGUUUUGGGCGGGAAAAACUGGGGGGGGGGGGUGCAGUUUUGUAUGGUGCCACUAGUACCUCAAAAAACAACAACACACAUUUCAGCUUUAUACUUAAAAAUAUUUAAAUCACAAUUAUUCAGUAUUUACUACAUUGCAAUUUCUUUUCCGUUAUCAUGAGUCUAAUAGCUACUAGGCUAUUUAAUUGGUUUUUCAUUGUGUGAAGAGUUAUAAGCAUAAUGUGGACCAUUGGGAGUUUGAGAUUUUAUACGUUAUACAAUCAGAAAAUCAUAUUCCUUGCAUCAUAUUUACAGUCUUAAAAGGGUCUAAUUGUGUGACUUUUUCUUGCAUCAUAAGAAUAUUUGCGUUUUAUGCUUCAUUUGUGACUGCAUUAAUCUCAUUAAUAUUUGAUAAUGGCAGAGGGAUAUUAUUAGAAUAUUGUUGUUUAUGUGUACAGAUCCUGUGCUGGUCUUACAUUAAUUGUCAUCACUGGAGAGUGAGCAUGUGUAUGUGUGUUUAUGUACUUCAGCUAUGAACAAAGCCAGAUAAUGUUGCACACUUGAGAUGCGUGUGAAAGCCACUCAUUUGUUUUCUUUAGACUUCUGAGUUCAACAGAGGCAUUAACCCUUAAAAACACUUUAAACCAUUUUACUCUUACUGUUUUCUUUCAGAUUUUCAACUUUUGUCUUUAAGAUUGAAUUUGAGGUCAGACAUGUAAAUAAUUGUGAAUAAUUAAAGUGUGGAAAAUUCUUCAUAUA